AUGAAAGUAGCAAUAAUUUUCCUUUUGACGGCCUACGUGGUCUGCGCAGCCCCUGCCGAAGAAGAGCCCCUAAAAGCCCUGGCUACCGGUAACAGACAAUUCGCUGCCAACGUUUACAAGGAAAUAGUCAAAACCCAAAAAGGAAAUUUGAUCUUCAGUCCCUUCUCCGCCGAAACCGUCCUAGCCCUCCUCUCAGCGGGCGCCAAAGGCGACACCCACGACGAGCUCGUCAGCGGCCUGUCGCUCCCGCGUAACCAACAAACCAUCCAGAGCGCCUUCAAGGAAUUCCUGCCGACCGUAAACAAGAACACCGACGACUUGAAGCUGCUCUCUGCCAACAAAAUCUACGCCGGCAAGGACGUCAAGCUGGAAGCAGACUACAACAAAAUCGCCUCCGACGUCUACAAUUCCGGAGUCCAGAAUGUCGAUUUCGAAAAGAACGUCGAAGCUGCCGGAAUCAUCAACAGCUGGGUGGAGGAACAGACCAACAACAAAAUCAAGGACCUCAUCAAACCCGAUGCUAUCGACGGCAGCACCGCUAUGGUCUUGGUAAACGCCCUGUACAUGAGCGCCAAAUGGGUCAACACCUUCGAUAAAUAUUCCACCGCCCCGCAAAAAUUCUGGAGGACUAAAGAUAACUCCGUGGAUGUUCCCAUGAUGAAACAGAUCGAUCAUUUCCGAUACUACGACAACAAGGAUUUGGGUGUUAAAUUCUUGGAACUUCCCUACAUUGGCGAUGGUUUGAGCAUGGUUAUCGCUUUGCCCGACGAGCGCGAUGGAUUGACCGCCAUCGAGAGCAACAUCGAAAAAAUCAUGGAACCCCAACCUAUGGAAUCCAAGCGAGUGGAUGUCAAACUGCCCAAAUUCAAAAUUGAGUCGGAAAUCAAAUUCGUCGAUAUCCUCAAAUCCUUGGGAGUUGAGAAAAUCUUCAACCCCGGCGCGAACUUGAGCGGAUUGUCCGCCACCCACAAGAACCUAAUGGUCUCAGACGUCAUCCAGAAGGCUUUCAUCGAUGUUACUGAAUCUGGUACCGAAGCCGCUGCCGCCACCGCUGUUAUAGCAGUAGAACGUGUCAUGGUGAUGGAAUUACCCAAUCCUGCUCCAAUACCUUUCCACGUGGAUCAUCCAUUUUCGUAUUUUAUCAAAAAGGACGACGUGAUACUUUUCGUUGGAAAAAUCGAUAAUCUUAAUUGA